AUGGCGAGCAUGUCAUCGUGCUCCCGAGAGGCCAAAGAGGAUUCCACGCUCGUUCAGGUUGCAACCGGCGGAGCAGUGGCCGCGGUGCUGUUUGCCAUCGUGCGGACGCUUAAGGGAGCGGAUCUUGCGGAGGACAUCGUUGAUUUGUGUCACUCCGUGUACACAAGCUUCGUCUCAGCAUACGCUGCCAGCAGUGCGACGAGGCAACGCUGCAAGCAGCUGGACGAUGGCGAGUCGGAGGUUCUUGUGCUUCCAAAGCACUCUUACGCAGAUGCUUCGCGCAUGUUUGCGCGUUCGCUUGGAUAUUUCUGGGCUGAUGCUUUAUAUAUAGUUGGGUGCGGCUUCGUGGGAUACCGACCGCACAUGUGGCUUGAGAGGCUUGGACAUCAUGCCUUGCAAACAGUCGCGAACCUGACAUGCCUGGUGCGAGGGCCAGGCCUUGAAGUCCGGCGAUGUACACUGGCCUUUGCGUACAUGGCGGAGGCCUCAUCCAUUCCCUUGAGACUGGUGGCUCUUGCUCGAAAAGCUGACGCAGGAGAUGCCAUGCUUAGAGCUUUGCGUACAUCCACACUUGGGGUCUUCGGCCUCUCGCGGAUAUUGAACGGUGCCUUCUGCAUGUGGCUGCUGGUUGCCUCCAGGCGACACGUGUCCAAGAGGAUGUUAGCACUGCAGCUGUCGGGUGCUGCUGCAGCUUAUGUCAUGAAUUGGGCAUGGUUCUUGCGCCUGAUGAGCCGAGCGAUAUAG